GACGCUCCCGGCUCCUGCCGCAGCUCCGCUCCCCUCGCACCCGAGCCAUGGAGGGGGGAGCAGCCGGGGACCCCCGCGGGCUCUGGGGGAACCCCCCGGCAGGGACCGGCCUUGUCCCACGCAGGCUCCGCACCGUGGGAUCGUCCCCCAGAGCCGCCCCCCUGUCCCGGCCGCCGGUGCUGAUCCUGCAGCAGCUCCCCGGGCCCGGGGCCGCCCCCGCGGGACCCCCGCCCGUCCGGGGAGCAGAUUUGAUGGAAUUGAUGCUGAUUCAAGGCUCCCAAAUGCACCAGCUGCUGAUGCAUGGCCUGGCCAUGGCAGCUCUGAUGCCCCUCGGUGUGGGGCCAGCCCCAGCCCCAGCCCAGGCACUGCCGGGGCCUCCGCAGGGCGAGGAGGAAGAGGAGGCCGUGGUUUUCCACCAUCACUACAUCCCCUGGCCCGGCCCGAGCCCCGUGCGGUUCCUGCGCUCCCCGCUCGGGCCCGGGGGCAGAGCUGUGCCACCCCCGCCGCCCCCCAGCGCCACCGGGACAGUGGGACCCGAUGUCCCCCCAGCAGCGGGGUACUACAGUGCCGAGGAGCGGGGCCUGGGAGCUGUGCCUGCCGAUCCCUCGGUCCCGGGUGGAUACUCCGCCAUUCCCGGCUGUCAGCGCCCCAGGGCAGCGGUGUCCCAGCGCUGUCACAGCCCGUGA